AUUCCCGCGCGGAGCAUUGUGGGAAGUCUUAGAGAAAUUUCAAGAUGGCGGCGAGCAGGAGGCUGGGCAAGGAACUUGAUGAGAUUCGCAAAUCUGGAAUGAAAAACUUCAGAAACAUUCAAGUUGAUGACUCCAACCUAUUGUCAUGGCAAGGUCUCAUUGUUCCUGACAACCCUCCUUACGACAAAGGCGCAUUCAGGAUUGAGAUCAUUUUCCCCACCGAGUAUCCUUUCAAGCCUCCCAAGAUCACAUUUAAAACAAAGAUCUAUCACCCCAACAUCGACGAGAAGGGCCAGGUGUGUUUGCCCGUGAUCAGUGCAGAGAACUGGAAACCAGCCACCAAAACUGACCAAGUUAUUCAAUCCCUCAUCGCACUGGUCAAUGAUCCUCAGCCAGAACAUCCUCUGAGGGCAGACCUAGCAGAAGAAUACUCAAAGGACCGUAAAAAAUUCUUGAAGAAUGCUGAAGAGUUUACAAAGAAACACGGUGAAAAGCGGCCAAUGGACUGAUCACCUGACGAGCGUUUAGCCCUCCGUCUCUUUCUCCCCCUUACUUCCUCUCCUACCUCCUCUCCUGUAUCACCUCCCGUCUCGCUCUCCUAAUCCCCGUGGCUGACACGCGCUGGUGGUCCUCCUCCUCCGUCUCCACAGCCUCACUUUCUUUCUGCUGUCAGUCCAAAUGGAAAAUAAAGUUAGGGUAACAAGAUGCUCACAUGAAGAGUCGGAUAGAAGUCGUCCUUUCUCUUCGCUUUCCCCCUCCAUAAAGUAAAUGCAUUUUUUUCUAAUGUGGAUUAUUGGUUUCCUUUGCCACCUUGGCAAAGAAGCGAUCGUGCUCUUUGUUUUUUGUUUUUUUCGCAGACUGAAGAUGUUCCCCUCCUGCUUGUAGACCUGCACUGUACUCAUAGAACGCUCCCUCACGGCUCCUCGGCCACUUUGUAACCACACGUGUGUGAAUAGAACCCUUCUUCUGUACUCGUCACAGACCAAGUCUCCAGGGCAGGGGAGCCCUGUUUUUAUGCCUUUUGAGUAGUUGUACCCAAACGUUGCUCAGAAAGACCUGAGCUCUUUUAAUUUGCAUUUGGAUAUAUAAAAGUGACAAAGUAGGA